GUCGAUGCAAUGGGGAAAUCAAAACUACGUGAUGUUUCCCUUUUCCUACUGUAACUAAAUACAGUUGGCGUGUUUUUUUCCUUAAUGACUCAGAGUGAAUCUCAUUUCGUUUUAAAUAUGUAAUUUACUAUUGUCAUAUGGGCUUAAAUAUAUCAAGAAUUCGAUCAUUAAUCACUUUUACUAAGAGCCCAGAUGUGUACAAGAAAGAAUUGGAAGGUAUUAAUAAUGAAAUAUUGGAACUGGAAAAAAGUAAAGCAACACUGGAAUACCAGUAUUACAUGAUAAAUGAAUUCAUUGUAUCCUACUCAAGACUACUAUAUUUAAUGAUAACCUUAGUAUUCUUUUUCUCUACCUUACCUUCAACAGUAGUGGAAUACAUCUUAUUUUGUGGCCCAGUAUUGCUAUUUUAUAUUUUAAUAUCUUGUUUAAAAAAGUCUCUGAAGUGGUAUUUUGAACUUGAAAUGAAGAGAAACAGUGAAAAGCUUUCUGAACUCCAUAAUCGAAAGAAGAAUAUUUUGUCUGAAGUGAAAGUUAAGAUGAAAUUUAAGGAUGCUAAAGACAUUAUUGAAGAAUAUAGUUGUGUGAAAAAUCAAACAGAAGAUUUUGGAAGCCAGAAUAAAAAUGCAGAAUUAUGCUUAAAGCGAAAAAGACAGUCUUCAGUGGAUAGUGUCAUGAAAUAUGUUCUCAAUGAAGAAAAAGAAAAUGCCCUUAUUUGCAGACAUUGCAAUCAUCACAAUGGUAUGGCUUUGAAAGAGGAAUUUAACUACAUAAGUUUCCGUUGUUGUCGUUGUUUAAAACUGAAUGAAGCAAAAUCAUCUCCUAUCAAAAAAUCAUAAAGCUGCUGUUAUGGUUUAUUAAUUGUAGAAGUACUUCUCCAUUGUUUGAACUGACAGGUUAUAGCUUCCAUUUACAACUUUUGAAAGAAAGAUUAUACAUUGGUUUUAACUAAACAAAUUGUACACAUGACUAACUUUUGCUUGGAGAAUUUCUAGGUUAUAUUUUUCGACAUGGUAAGAAUUUCUACCUCUUGUUUUAAUUUUUGAAUUGUGAUUAUUCAUCCUGUUAGCCUGAAAUUAAACAUUUUAUGCUCUUUAAUUAUGAAAAAAAAAAGCUUUAUAUUUAUGGUUUGUUUUGUUUCGAAAAAUACUGCCAUAUAAUAGCUUUACUUUAUAAAGACAUAAUUAUUUUCAUGGUGUAGAAAUAAAACAUUUUAUUAAUCUUUUAAAUCUUUUGUGUUGUUUAAACAACUAUUAGCUUUGUGGAGUAUUUUCUAUAUUGUAAGUUAAUAUUAAAUAAGAAAAAAAUAAUUAAGAUAUAUGAACAAUAAUUUGUCAUGCUGCCAUUGAAAUUUGAUUGCAUGAACUAUCGAUUGACACUGCAUAUUUCCUGUCAUUAAGCUAAUAUAUCCAGUAUGUUGAAGUUAUUUUUAUAAGAUCAUAUUCUGUUUGAUUUUGGCUUUCCAAUUAUGGGUUGACUUUGUAGUUUUGAUAUUUCUGUGUGAACUACUGCAACACAAUUUGGUCUUUCUUUCAUUUCUAUUUGUAAAAAGUAUUUCUUUUAUUUGAAGAUAGAUCCAAUUUAACUAAUUUAUAUAUGAAACUUAAUAUAAAGUUGUUUACUUUCUUGAUCAAAUUUUAUUUGUUAAUUUUUUAUUUUGUAAAUUAAUUUAUGUUAAUUAUCAUAUGCCACUUGAUCUAAAAAGUUUUCAGCAGAAGUGAAUAAUUCAUUUCCUGGAAUUUCCUUUGAAAGAUUAUUUUUCUUAUAAUUUUUUGAAUUGGUCUACUAUUACUUUAGUACUAAUUCUAAAUAUUGGCAAGUUUUUUUUGCGAUUUAUACAUUUCCAACCAGUCUCAUGAUAUAUCCUUUUACUUUCUGGUUUUAUGCACCUUUCAGUUAAUAUUAUUUUAUGUAAUAGGAAGGCUGUUGGGCCUUAAUUGAGCCUGAAAUGGAAAUUUAAGUCAUGACUUUACCUCCUCUUGCUCUUCUUUCUAACAUAGAUCUCCCCACUAUAGGAAGUGUGUAAGUCCUAACCUUCUAAAUUACACUUUCUGCAGGCCUUUUAAGAUUUUAGGACCAGGCGUUCUCCAUAUAGGACCUAAUGUAUCUAAUUCAAUAAUUAGUAUUCCAAAUCCUAUUACUUUAUCCUAUUAGCUACUAUGAUCUCCAUUUGACAAUUUUGAAAUUUUACAUAUAUCAUAGAUAUAUUUGGUACAUCUGACAAUUUAGUUUCAUUCCACGUAUAUCAAUCAAUAUUGAGUGGAGCAGAAGAUGUGUAUUCUGUGCUCCGUUUCUUUAUAACAAGCAAACAGAUUUGAAAUUUGUAAGUUGAACGGAACAUAAUUGUUAUAUUUGGCGCAUUAUAAUAUCAAAUAUUUUCAAAACAAAAUUUGAUUCUAAUUAUCCUGUUGCACAAUUUUCUGUGCGUAUAGGUAACUUCUCCGGCUACAAAUUUCGAAAAAAUUGCAGUUAAUUGGUUAAAUAUGCUCUACAUGCAAAACAGGGAAGCUCAGAUUAAGGGUCAGCAUCUCAAGGGUUAUGAAGAUUUUUUAACAAUUUCGUUGAAACAAUAAAUAAUAGAUUUCGCGUUUAAUAAUAUAUGGUACACUAGCGUUUUUCUCAUGUUACAGAUUGUAAAUAAUGAUUUAUAUAAUUUUUAAAUGAAAGUUUCUGAAAUUAUUAUAAAAAAGAAUUUUAGUAAAUAAUAUCUUGUUUAAAUUUAAUUGUUUUUAAAUACACUAACACAUUCUAAAAUGGAGCAAUCUGUGUAGGAGUGAAAUUGACUUCAUGUUUCCUUAGAAGGGUCGUAUUCAUGAGAUUUCCAUUGAAGUGUAAUUGGUUUGAUGUUUUCUACCAAACAUUAUAAUUGGAGAGAGAGAGUAUUUAAAUUUUUGCCAACGUCCUGAUUAUACUGCAUUAUAUUAGAACCAAUCAAAUUAUUUUUAGAAUUGUUAGCAUUUUACUGCUAUUGUUAAAAUUAAAUUGGAAAAUAUUUUAAAAACAAGAAAAAUGUACUGCAUAUACAUUGGUAAAUUAUUUCUACUAAUUCAUUUGCAUGCAAUUCAUUCAAAAUUAAUAUGGUAAUGACGAACUUGUUACAUAAACAAUCAUCUUUUUGUUGUUGUUCAUUUGCUCUUUAUUCCAUUCAUAUUUGUUUAUGAGUUUUUUACAUAAUCCGUUUUUAUAUUAAAAAAAAAGGCGAUUGCUUUGUUUAAUUUUUAGACCGAUGUUAACUAGCUAGCUACUUAAUUUCAAAUUGAUGACAAAAUAAAAAAUGCUAGCAGAAAUUUUACCUGUUUCAUUUUCUGUAUUGAUAUCUUUCUGUACACAUAUGUAGUUAUUAAAACUACUCUGAACUAACGAAAUUAAACACUAUGCUCGGUGUCCAUUAUGUUCUGUAAAAACAAUUUGCUUUUCUGUUUGUUUUUUCAUUGAACUUAUAAUGUGACCAUACAGUCUUAACAUGAUCCUAAUUACAUGUUUGAUUCUGGAGGCGAAGCCACUGUCUUCGCAGUUAAUUUCUGCCAAUUCCUAAUCCUAUAAUGCUGGGGUUCUGAGAACUUUGUAAUUACAUUAACAUUUAUACCGCAUGAGUAAGAAUCAAAAAUAUAAGUACUUUCAUAAAAGCAUUUUCCAUAUAAAAAUCAAUGCAUCCUAAAUGGAAUGUUUAUAAUAAAAUAUUAUAGCAUUUUAAGUUUAUGUAAUAACGUAAAUGACACUUUUAAAUUAUUUUAAGAUAUAAAUAUACUGUAUGUUAAUAUAGUGUUUAAUAAUACAUAAUAGCAAAUAUUAAGAUGUAUUGUUGAUGAAGAAUAAUGUGAUGAAUGGAUCCGUUUUGUUAUAAUCAAUUCCGAUAUGUCAGGCUUCAUUUAAUUCAAGCCUAAAUUAAUUCCAAGUCACAGUUUUAUCUUCCAUUUGUUUUUAAUCACUAAUAUGGAUGGAAGUUCAUUUUAUCAAAGAUAUGACGUGUUGAAAGAUAUUAAAAAAUAUUAACCGUUUUCACAGAAAUAUGUUUAUAGUCAUCUUUUCCUUUGAACCAAAA